AGAGAGUGAAGAGGCGGCACCCAACCCGGGGCAGGAUGCAGGCGACGGCGCACCUGCUCAAUCUGCUGCUGCUGUCGCUGCUGGCUGGAUUCGGUCCUUCCCAGACGCAGGUCAGCCCCAAGGAGGGGUGGCAGGUGUACAGCUCCGCACAGGACCCCGACGGGCGAUGCAUCUGCACGGUGGUGGCUCCGGAGCAGAACCUGUGCUCCCGGGAUGCCAAGAGCAGGCAGCUGCGCCAGCUGCUGGAAAAGGUUCAGAACAUGUCCCAGUCCAUCGAAGUCUUAAACCUGAGGACUCAGAGAGAUUUCCAGUAUGUUCUCAAAAUGGAAACCCAGAUGAAGGGGCUGAAGGCCAAGUUCCGGCAGAUUGAAGAUGACCGGAAGACGCUCAUGACCAAGCACUUCCAGGAGCUGAAGGAGAAGAUGGACGAGCUCCUGCCGCUGAUCCCCGUGCUGGAGCAGUACAAGACGGACGCGCGGCUCAUCACCCAGUUCAAGGAGGAGAUCCGGAACCUGUCGGCCGUGCUCACUGGGAUCCAGGAGGAGCUGGGCGCCUACGACUACGAGGAGCUGCACCUCAGGGUGCUCAGCCUGGAGACCCGGCUCCGCGACUGCAUGAAGAAGCUCACGUGUGGCAAGUUGAUGAAAAUCACAGGCCCAAUUACAGUCAAGACGUCUGGAACCCGAUUCGGUGCCUGGAUGACUGAUCCUCUAGCAUCUGAGAAAAACAACAGAGUCUGGUACAUGGACAGUUACACCAACAACAAAAUAGUCCGGGAGUACAAAUCCAUGGCCGACUUUGUCAGCGGGGCUGAAUCAAGGACCUACAACCUCCCUUUCAAGUGGGCGGGCACCAACCACGUGGUCUACAAUGGCUCGCUCUACUUCAACAAGUACCAGAGCAACAUCGUCAUCAAGUACAGCUUCGACCUGGGCAGGGUGCUGGCCCAGCGCAGCCUGGAGAACGCUGGCUUCCAGAACGUCUACCCCUACACCUGGGGCGGCUUCUCCGACAUCGACCUGAUGGCCGACGAAAUCGGGCUGUGGGCCGUGUACGCCACCAACCAGAACGCGGGCAACAUCGUCAUCAGCCAGCUGAACCCCGACACCCUGGAGGUGGCCAAGAGCUGGAACACGGGCUACCCCAAGCGGAGCGCCGGGGAGUCCUUCAUGAUCUGCGGGACCCUGUAUGUCACCAACUCCCACCUGACCGGGGCCAAGGUGUACUAUUCCUACUCCACCAAGACCUCCAGCUACGAGUACACGGACAUCCCCUUCCACAACCAGUACUUCCACAUCUCCAUGCUGGACUACAACGCCAGGGACCGGGCGCUCUAUGCCUGGAACAACGGCCACCAGGUCCUGUUCAAUGUCACCCUCUUCCACAUCAUCAAGACCGAGGACGACACAUAAGCGAGUGUAACCUGUUUCCACCGAGCUACACCGUGUCAUUUGUGCUCCAUUCCCUAGGACUCCUUUGGUGUUGCUUUUCUUCCUUAGAGCGUCCCCACCCUUUCCUCAAAGCAUUUCUAUCAUCACGUGGGUGUUCCGGAAAAAUUCAGCGGGGCCCGCCUCAAUGAACCCGUUGGACACACAUCGGAACUCCUGCAUUCACAAGGCCUAUCAUGUCCUUGUCAUGAAAAGCACUACAGAGAGCUUACGUGGCUAAAGUCAUA